AAUAAUAAUUUCACUAUUGGAAACUAAGAGACCUUGCUUGAUAUAGUGCAUCAUUCUCCUGCACAAUAAUAAUUUCACUAUUGGAAACUAAGAGACCUUGCUUGAUAUAGUGCAUCAUUCUUCUGCACAAUAAUAAUUUCACUAUUCUAAGUUCUUGGGAUGACUGAUCUGAUGAAAAUAGACGAAACUCAAGUUUGCAACGACACAAAAGUAAAGUUUAUUGAUUUAACGCAGACAAAUUAAUCGAAGCGUCCACAGAAAAACUGGAGUACAACUGCUUUACUGGUGAGAGUACUAUAGUCAAGAAGUUUGGUGAAAGUCUGAUUUAAGCUGAGAGAAUUACCCAUUAUAUAUACAUAUCACAAUAGGAUCAAUUUUCACAGAGUCCACUUGUCACUUUACUAUACUAUGCACAGCAACUUCUUAGCUAGAAUAAUCGUGUAACCAUAUCAGUUUGAUUCAAUGAUCUAGCACCCAAAUGAAAAGGUGUGAAUUACCUUCUUCAAUGAUCUAGCACCUAGCUGAAAAAAAACUGGUAGCUGAUCAUUUUGUACAGAAUGAUAAAUGACAUGCUCAUUGUCGAAGUUACUUCUACUGAAAUUCGCUUUUUAAAUAACAUAGCUACUGCGUCUUUUAGGCCGCGCGUAGUUAGGGUACCGUGAUAUGAUAGGCGAACAAGCUGACACCUGAUUCGUUGAAUCUCUCACGUCAUUUCUUAGGCUAUAAUAAACGGUGCAAGAGGAUAAUAUAUCUCAGUGCGUGUAGGCAGAUAUGUUUUUAUGUGUCGUGUGAAAGAGUGCUGUAAAAGGACAGUUUGAAAACAUCGCUGGAGGCAAAUCUGAGAUUUUAGGAUAAAUAGAGUUAUUGCAAUAAUGGCAGCUCCAUAUAACUCAGAACCUGGACAGGCAUGGUAUCCAUCUUCAUCUGGUGUAGUUGGAAUACCACCAGCUGGCGGAGUAGGUUAUCCACCACCAGGACCUGCAGGUGUUCAGUGGAUGUCUCUUCCCUCGGCUCCCCCCAAUUGUCCACCAGGAUUGGAGUAUUUAACAAUGAUUGACCAACUUUUGGUACACCAAAAAGUGGAACUGUUAGAAGCUUUCAUAGGAUUUGAAACUGCUAAUAAGUAUCAAGUGGUAAACAGUAUGGGCCAGAACGUAUAUUUUGCGGCUGAAGAUACACACUGCUGUACAAGAUACUUUUGUGGUCCAAUUCGUCCCUUUGAUAUGAAAAUUCUGGACAACGGAGGUCGCGAAGUUAUUCAUCUGUAUCGUCCUUUACGAUGUGACAGUUGUUGUUGUCCUUGUUGUCUGCAGCGAUUGGAAGUUACAGCCUCAGGUAGUACUCUAGGUUAUGUUGUACAGGAAUGGAGCAUCUUUGUCCCCAAGUACGAAGUUCAGAAUGCUGCUGGGGAGUGUGUUUUACGAAUUGAAGGACCAUUUUGUACAUGGAGUAUCUGUGGUGAUGUGGAGUUCAAGGUAUUAUCUCGUGAUGGAGAAACACAGGUUGGAAAAAUCACUAAACAAUGGACAGGAUUUAUCAAAGAAGUGUUUACAGAUGCAGAUCAUUUUGGGAUUACAUUUCCAAUGGAUUUAGAGGUCAAUAUCAAAGCCCUUCUUCUUGGAGCAUGUUUUCUAAUAGAUUUCAUGUUUUUCGAGAAAUCCAACAAUGAAGAAAAUGACUGCCUUGGAAUGUGUUGAAGUGCUCUGGAUCGUGAACAAGGAUUUAUUACCUAUGGAAAUGUUUCACAGUCAUAAUUAUAAAAACAAGGGUCCUAUAUAUAUACGUCUAUGAGCUUCACUGUGUGAUUUAUAGAAGAAAGUUGAAAUUGUGUGAAUUUACUUUCUUGUGAUUAUUAGUAUGUAUCUGGUAUUUUUAUGAAUUUUCAUAUUCACUUGUGUACCACUUAACCUCAGUUUAAACAAGAUCAACGUACUUUUAUGAGAACACAUUUAACUUUUUCUAAUAAAAGUUAUAACUGGGUUUGCAGAUAACUCAAUAAAUUUAAAGGCAGACUCCAUGUUAAGAAGAUAUCCAUGUAGACAUUGUUAGAGCCAUUUCUAACGUCAUGGCCCAAAUAACUUCAUAAGUGAGCAAACAGACUCUCCUCGACUUUUCAGCAAUAUGGUAUAUGCAGUUAGGUACUCUGUUCUAUUCAAAAGUUCAAUGUCAGUAUUAUGCAUCAUUUUUAUUGUAGAUGUCUUGCAUUAUUUAAAUGAGGGCAUUUAUAAAUGUUGACUGUGGAUUAGUAUUUACAGUAAAAAUGUGAAUAUUAAUGUCAUAGAAAAUAAUAUUCUUGUAUAUCUUCUGAAAGAAAAAAUAUAUACUCUUAUAAGUUUAUAUAUACAUGAAAAUAU